AUGUCCACCUCCCUAUUCCUCCUCUCCAUGACAAAACCGCAACGAGGAGGGCAUUCCCAUGCCCAACCUCCUGCUGCCCGCUCCCACCAGUCCACCGGGUGGUUGAGUGGUUACUCCCAUCCAACCAGAAGUUCCCUAUCAGGAACUGUAGCCUAUCCCACCUCCUCAGGAGAAGGAUACGGUCCAGGCAGCUCCAGGAUGCCUGGCCACGCACCCGUGGGUCCCACUUCCCACGGUCACCCACUACCGUGCACUGGUCCACCAGCCCACUUUCCCCAACAACUCCCGCUACCGGUACGCUCCCAUGAGCGCCAAGUCACCGAUAGCCACCAACUGGGUGACUCCCUUUGGGAGUCCCAGUAUCCCUCACUACCGGUACGCUCCAUUGAGCGCCAAGUCACUGUUAGCCAAACACUCCCAGCACACCCGCUACCGGCACGCUCCCAGGAGCGCCAAGUCCCCGUUAGCAGACAGCCAGGUGGCUCCCUCAAGGAGCCCACAUCAUACUCGCUACCGGUAUGCUCCCAGGAGCGCCAAGUUACCGUUGGCCGACACACAGGUUGUACUUCCGUACACUCAUCCUAUUCCGCUCUCCCUCCGAUGGCUACGCAGCCACCUCCAUUAGUGAGCCGAACGGCUCAGGUUGGGUUCCCCGGAACCCAUUCCUGUAACAUUGGCACUCUUCCCACUGGUCCCAAUUCAGCUGGAACCAUAGCCUCAGAUAACAGAUUGUUUGUUGUGCAAGUCCCACGAAAUCCCAACAGCCCUUGGUACAACAACAUGAUGCUCAUAUCUGUUUCAGAGGUUCCAUCCAUUCAGCCUCUUUCCUCUCCUCCUUUCUCUCCUCCUCCCCAAUCCAAAAAUAACAAAAAUAUGGGUUUGACUGUUCCACACCGUCGGAUGCUUGGUUUCUCUCCAGGAGCACGUUAUGUAGGUGCUUUUGAUGGGACCCAGGCCAUUACUUGGUCAAUGGAAUCGUGCCAGUGCACUGCGGGUUAUCAGGUGACAAACUUCGAACAUUGGAUGAUUAAUCCUAAUGUCCCUCCGAUACACCCAUAUCUCAUCCCUGAACCUAUAUUCACUCGAGCCACUCUUCUGGCAGAAGGCAACACAGCUUGUGUGCAUCAUUCCAACGCAAAUGUGGGGCAUGACUCUGAUGAGUCUUGGAUCAAGCACCCAUUUUACGACCUCUCCCUCUUGCCGAACUUCUCAAUGCCUUUCAAUUUGCGUGCUGCAACGAGAACCCCACAAAUCCAUUUUGGAUCUUUGUGGUUCAAUGGCAGAGAUGAACUCAUGCUCCCAUCGGAAUAUAAACUGAUCCAUUCCCAGCAAGCCUGGUAUGGUCAUCGAGUGCCAUAUGAUCCUCUGAGCCUUUACCACCCUCAGUCCAGCAGGGAUGGAACUUGGUUUCUGGUCCAGGGAGAGUUACAGGCCCCAAUUGUCAUGGACAUUAGCCAAGUUGUUUAG